UGGAACAGUUUCCAUGAACGACAAAAUUAACGACAAAGACCAGAACAGUUUUAGUUCCAGAAAACAUGUUUACCGGCUGUCUCGUGAUCUUUCUGCUGGAGCUUCAAGUUCAUGUUUCUGCUGGAGCUUCAGGUGGAUGUUGGAGCAGCUUCAGGUUCAUGUCUCUGAAGCUUCAGCUGGUUCCUCUCUGUGAACCGUGUUUCUUUACCUGCCAGAAGUUGGUUAUUUGAUGAACAUUAUUUUAACUGGAGAAGAAGCGUUGAGGUUCCUGUAGAGACAGCUGAGUUGUGUUUUAUGGAGAUGUUCCGUUCAAACCAGUUGAGGAGAACUUAGCUGAACCUUUGACCGAGCAGCUGCUGGUCUGAUCUGGUUCUGGUGAAUAACUCCACUCCUCCAGACCGUCAGCGACCACACAACGUCACGUCCACAGCUCUGUGGGAGGGCCACAGUGGGAAGGUUUGGCAAUCAGUCUGAGUUAUAAGAGGGAAGUGAGAACAAGAGACUGCAGGACCGACUGCACCAGGCGUUACCGAGAUUGUGUCCUGGCUGUUCUCCUGGAGGUCCAUCAUGGGAGAGUGGUCCUUCCUGUCGGUUCUUCUGGAUAAGGUCCAGUCCCACUCCACGGUGGUGGGGAAGGUCUGGAUGAGUGUCUUGUUCCUCUUCAGGAUCUUCAUCCUGGCUGCUGGCGUGGAUAAGAUCUGGGGUGAUGAGCAGUCCAACAUGUACUGCAACACGCUGUCUCCCGGCUGUAAGAACAUGUGCUACGACCGCUCCUUCCCGCUGUCUCACACCCGGUUCUGGGUGCUGCAGAUCCUGGUGGUGUCCACGCCCACGCUGAUCUACCUGGGCCACGUCCUGCUGGUGAUCCGCCGGGAGAACAAGCUGAGGAGACGUCUGGAGCAGAAACGAGGGAAAAACGGGAUGAUCGUGGUUCCCAAGUAUUCGGACGAACACGGUAAGGUGCAGCUGAAGGGUGUCCUCCUGCUCAGCUACAUGGUCCAGCUGGUGUCCAAGGUUCUGCUGGAGGUGGCUUUCAUCGUGGGCCAGUACUUCCUGUACGGCUUCAUCCUCAUGCCCACUAAGAUCUCGUGCUCCCAGUACCCCUGUCGCUCUCUGGUGGACUGCUUCAUCACCAGACCCACGGAGAAAACCAUCUUCAUCAUCUUCAUGCUCUCCAUGGCUGUGCUCUCUGUGGUCCUGAAUGUGGUGGAGAUGUUCCACCUGUUGGUGUCCAAGGUGCAGGAGAAGAAGAGAAGGAGCAGCAGCUGUCUUUCCUCCAGAGAUCUACAGUCUGAACAAACUCAGUCCAUCUGAAGCCGUCACCGUCUGCUGAGGUUUCUCCACAUUCACCUCCAGCAGCCCUGCAAUGCAUUCUGGGAGCAUCUUGGUGGUGUAUCUCCAUGAAGCUGCAGCUCCAUGGUGGUUGUCAUGAAGCUGCAGCUCCAUGAAGCUGUAGCUCCAUGAUGUCCAUCAAGAUGCCCUCAGGAUCCUCUGAGGAACGUUCUUGUUUUAAUAAAUGAAGAUAGAAUCAGCAGCUUAUUUCUCACCUCAGAUAUUUGUAAAACUCUUUGGUUUAUUUUGGUUUUUAACAGUGAAAGUUCCCAAAUGGCCACCAUGAUGGUCCGUUGUUUGUCCAAUCAGGUAAAGCCAGGGUUGUUGUAGGGGGCGGAGCCUGUUGGAGAGCACCUGGGGAUCACCUGGUUAUGCUCUGAAAACAGCACUUGAUAAUAUUUCGUUCUUUACAUUCUUUGAAUGUUUUCUGAAUGUUGCAUGAAGAUAGUCUUUCCUCUGUGAUCACCUGGUGCAACGUUAGAAGAACAUUUCCUGAUGGUUCUUCAGCAACAUCCCAGAAAUGUCUUCAGAACGUUGCAGGUAAAAUGUUCUACUUCAGUUAAUAGAUCACACGAACGUUUUUAAUCAGUGCACUAAAGUUCCUUAAACAUUUCUGGAAUGUUGCUUUGAAAAUGUUCUUCUUUUGUUGUGAUGGAACAUAAUGUGUUGCCAUGGAAACGUCCUCUGACUGUCAGCAUUAGUUCACCUGUAACCUCACAGGAACGUUGCUGGAAACGACAGACAUCCUGAAAACAUUCUGUGAAAGUUAUAGUCAAACUUUACAACGUGAUUACUGCUAAUGUUGGCCAACGUUGUGGAAACGUUCCCUGUUAGCUGUUAGCUUGAUCUGUCACUGAGGUUCUGAGGUUCUAGCAGAGUUCUGACUCCCAUAUUUAUUAAAAUAUCACCAGCAGGAUUCACCUCUACAGAAUAACCAAUCAGCAGCCUGCUUUUAAUGUGUUACAUUCACCUGAAGUCACCUGAAUGAGUCUAGUUUCACAUGUAGAUUCUCUGCUUUCUGCUGUUAAACUCCAUCAGUCUAAUCUGUGAAUCACGUCUUUCUGCUGAUGUAAUAAAGUCUGAUAAUGAAGCUGUGGUUUCAGUUCCAUGUGGAGAGACGAGUUGAGACACAAACAGAUCAGCCGUCAUGUUGAAACUUCAGAAAAACACUGAAGUCGCAGGAAAAUCUGGAACUCUGAGUUCAGUUUGUUCACUUUUAGAGAGAAAAUCUCAGAAACACAGACGGAAGAAACGUUUCGCAAUCAGAAGGAUUUAAUGAAGGAAGUCACAGAGGAGAGGCAGAAAACACAGAAACAGCCUCUACAUGUGGACAGGUGAUUUCCUACAGGUAGAGAUUCUGUGUUAGAAUGAAACCUGAAGGUUCUUCUGUUUCUUAUUAUCAAACAGCUCCUGUUAGUGGAAGGCUGAGGGAAAACAGCAGAACAUUCAUAAAUAAAUCAAACUGUGAACAUUA